AGAGAGAGAGAGAGAGAGAAACGUGGCGAGUGAUAUAUAAUAAUCGUGUCAGGCGCCGUCCGCAGUCCGUACAGCAGAUGGAGGGGACUGCAGAGGUGUGUAGGGCUGACGUCAGGCUGCGGUGGGGGUGGUGGUGUGCGCGCCGUGGAGAGGGUAGUCACAUGACACCCCCUGCGACACGUCAAAUCAGGCGGCGGCUCUUCUCCCCUCCUCUGUCUCUUCUUUGGUUGGGUCUCUUUGAGGGAGGGCAACACGCCUCGUUGGUCUCUCCCGUCCUCUCCGUUCUCCUCAUCGCCCCUGCGAGAAGAUAAGGUAGAAAGAGAGAGACGAGGGGUGGGAGAAAAUAGAUAUGGGGUCGAGAGGGGAAGGGCACCAUUACAGGGGGGUGAGGAAGAGGCCGUGGGGGCGGUACGCAGCGGAGAUAAGAGACCCGUGGAAGAAGACCCGGGUGUGGCUCGGCACCUUCGACACACCCGAGGAGGCCGCGCUCGCCUACGACCGCGCCGCCCGCUCCCUGCGCGGCGCCAAGGCCAAGACCAACUUCCCCUACCAGACCCCCCUGCAGCCGCAGCCCCUCCCGCCCUCCGCCGCCUUCGACCUCAACCUCCCCUGCCACCUCUGGCUCGCCUCCCCUCCGCCGCCGACGGCCGUUCCUCCACCUCCGCCGUCCACCGCGCUGGUCCUGGGCCGGUUCGCAGGCUACGACUCCCGCGAGGCACUGCCGCCGGCAGCGAGACAGGCGGCGUCGGCGGCGGCUCCUCAACCACCGGCGUCGUCAGCCUCCCGCUUCCGGGAUGUAGGGAGGGAUUUGCCCUUCGAUCUUAACGAGCCGCCGUCUUCGUCGCUGCUGAUCGGUUGAUCAGCUCUUCAACUGCACGUGCCUUCUCUCCGUUUCUUCCCCUUCUCUCUUUCUUUCUUCCUGUGUAAGGUCCGUCUUUGUUUAGAGUUAAUGCCAGUAGCUGUAGAGUAGAUCAGACUGCAGUCGGCAGUACUGUAGUCAUCGAUCGAGGAGAGAUCGGACGACUGUGUAACUAUUAACAUGUUUUUGGAAGGAUUCCUUUCUUGUGA